AGAUGAGAAUAAUGAUAAUAAUUAACUCAUUUGAUUAAUGUAUAAAGAUAUUGAGUAAGUAAAUGGAUUCUAAAAAUGAAUUUAUUAAAUAUAAAGGUCUAUAUGAAAGAGAGUAUAUAUUAUUGAUUAUAUUAGAUGUUUACAGAUUAAAGAGCUCAAUUAAGUUAAUUAGAUAAAUAAGUUAGAUAAAUACCUGCAGAAAGAAAUCAAAUUUUAGAGAGAAUUAAAAAAUUAUUGGCUGAAAUUGAAUAAUUAGGUAAUAAUUCUGUUAAUGGGUAAUUUGUAUAAUUUAAGAAUAAGUUUCAGCAAAAAUUAAUGAAAUUAAUUCAUUAAAGACAUAGAUUACUAAACAAGAAUCAAUUGUUAAAUAAGUUAAAGUUAUAGAUAGUUCUAAUCCAACUGAUUUAAGGCUUUUAUUAGAGGAUUUGAAAAAGAAGCUUGAUAAAUUCUAAUAAGAUUAAUCAAAUCUAGAAAAAUUAAAGAAAGAGUUGGAAGCAAUGAAUAGCUUAAAUUCUGAUUUACACAUAAGUAAAAAAUGUCUUGAUAAUUAACAAAAUGAUAUUAAGAAGUUGUAUCAAUAAAUCAAAUGA